ACGCACGAAGCCUCAAUAUAGGAAGCGCGAGGAGCUUCAGCAGGCUGAGCAGACUGACCCCGACCGGCGAGGAGCGGAGCAGGUCCCCCUCCGGUCCCCCUCCGGUCCCCCUCCGGUCCUCCUCCGGUCCUCCUCCGGAUCUCUGGAUGUCUCCUCCGACGCGACGGCACCAGGCACAGCCGGAGACUGAGCGCCCAGCGGCCGCUCUGUAGAGAGGAUGAUCCCGCCAGCCGCCAUGCUCCAGGACGGCAGCGGCGACCGGGAGCACGAGCAGGACCGGGAUGACACCCCCAGAUCCCCCACGGCCAGCGCCGGCCAGCAGGAGACCAAGAGCGCUGAGAGGCCGGAGCAGCAGAAGAGGAAGCUGCAGAGACUCAAACGCUCGCUGUCCUUCAAGACGAAGAGCAUCCGCAGCAAGAGCGCCGACAACUUCUUCCGAUCGAGCAACGAGACCAAGACGGAGCUGCUGUCGGACGUGAGCAGCAGCACGGGACACCUGUGCAGCAUCGGCCUGGCCCCGCCCCUCUCCACCGGCCUGCCCAUCCCCCCGGUGCCUCCGGCCAUCCCCUGCGCCCCUCCGCCCACCUCCCGCUCGCAGGCCCGGAACCCCCUGCAGGUGGACUCGGCGGGACACUGCUUCAUGGAGCACAUCUUCAAGAAGCCCACCUUCUGCGACGUCUGCAACCACAUGAUCGUAGGUACAACAGCCAAGCACGUGGUGUUUCUGGCAGGGAACACUGCAAAGCAUGGCCUCCGCUGCAAAGCCUGCAAGAUGAGCCUCCACCACAAGUGUGAGAAUGGAGUUGGCCAGCAGCGUUGCAUGGGCAAACUGCCUAAAGGCUUCCGUCGUUACUACAGCUCUCCCUUGCUGAUCCAGGAACAGUACGGCUGUAUCAAAGAGGUCAUGCCCAUCGCCUGUGGGAACAAGGUGGACCCGGUCUACGAGGCCCUGCGGUUCGGGACGUCUCUGGCCCAGAAGGCCAAGCGGGCCAGCGGCUCCGAGUCUCCACGCAGGAACUCGACCAGCGACUUGGACCAGGUUCCAGAGGAAGUCGUGGCUCACGGCAGCAGACAGGAGCUGUCCAGGAAGCACAGCGACGGCGUUUUCACCGUCAUGGAGAACGGGAUGGAGCUUUACCACCAAGCAGACAGAAACCCUGACAGAACGCUGGUGGAGCAGCGCCGCCUGCAGGACGACGUCCUGAAGCUCAACAGCUACGUGGCCCUGUUCAGCUUCACCCCCCAGGACAGCCAGGACCUGGAGAUGAGAGCCGGAGACAGGAUCUUGUUGGCGGACGACUCGAAUGACGACUGGUGGAAGGGUGUGAUCCAGGACCGCGUUGGGUUCUUCCCCUCAGCCUUCGCCCAUCAGCUCCACGCCGGAGACCAGGUCUUCAGGUGCAACAGGACCUUCAUCGGCUGCAAGGAGCAGGGCCAGAUCACCCUGAAGGAGGGACAGAUCUGUGUGAGCAGUGAGGGCGAGCGCGGCGGCUUCAUCAGAGUGACCAGUGGGAAGAAGACGGGCUUCGUGCCCUGCGACGUUCUGGAAAUGGUCUGAGACCAGAGCAGGGGGGUCAGAGGUCAGAGGAGGUCCAGCUCUCCUCCGCUCAGGACGAGGACAUCAGCCUGAGACCAGGAACUGCUCAUGGACGGAGACGGGACAUCACUGUGUCACUGGAUUUAAUUUAUGUUCUUCAUUUCUGACUUUCAUUCAGCUGCAAGUUUUAUUCCUGAAGGUCUAGUUAGUGUUCCUCCUGAGGGUCUAGUGUUCCUCCUGAGGGUCUAGUGUUCCUCCUGAGGGUCUAGUGUUCCUCCUGAGGGUCUAGUGUUCCUCCUG